AUGAAUCAAAGCAAGGUCGAUUUUGAGCCUUUUGAAUAUUCAUACUAUGAUUAUUCAGACUGGUACUCAAACAACGCAGAGCCAACCAAACCUCCCAAAGAAGUUAUUUUACCAUGUGACCCCACUGCGGACGACACGCUCUUCCACAUAUGCAUGCUGUCGAUAUCUCUGGUGAUCAUGUUAAUCCUGGCAGCUCUCACCAGGAAAAACAAAUUCUGCCAAGGAUUUACAAGAGGAUCCUCCAGUAUCUUCAGUCCAGCCAACUUCCUGGACCAGACUCAGAAAAAAGGCCUGGUCAUGGCUGUUUUUGGGCUGUUGUUUAGUAAGCUGUCAAUGCUGGUGAUCGCCCCGGACCCUCUGCCUUUCUUCAAAGACACUCCAGCGGACAUUAAAGAGUAUAUGAAGGUAAUCGCCAUCUUCUACUAUCCUGUCCUGUAUUAUCCUCUGUUGGUCUGUUGUACUCUGCAGCACAAAGCAGGUUAUGUGUUCGGGACGCUCCUCUCCUUCAGUCACUUCGGGGUCCUUGUGUGGCAGAAGUUCGACUGUCCAAAGACUCCAGAGAUCUACAAGUACUACGCUUUGCUUGCAAGCCUGCCUCAGUUGGCCUGCCUUGCGUAUCUCUGUGUCCAGUUUCCUUUGCUGUUUGUCAAAGGACCAAAGACUGACGAGGACCUUGACAGCUGCUACUACAGCAACUAUGUGAAGUCACUUCUCAAGACAAAAUCCUCAACUGCCAGCUCUUCAUCUACAGACAAACCAACGCUUCCAGAGAGAAUACUGGAGGUGCCUAAGAGUUAUAUUUAUAUACCAGAAAAAGUGUUUCGUUUUCCACUAAAACUGGCUGUAUCAGCAUGUGUUGCCCUUGUGGCGAUAUAUCACGUUACGUUGUUGUUAGUCGUCCUGGUGGUGCCGACUCUCCAUAUUGUCCGUGCUGGUAUCGAUGAAAACAUUGCCUUUCUGUUACUGGGGUUUGGGAUCGUCCUGUCAGACGACAGGAUGGAGGUCGUAAAAAUUGUAACCUUCUAUACUUGGUUGCUGGAAGUGUGCUACCUCUGUGCAAUGACCCUGUCUUGUUUGGUCAGUCUCAUCAUGCUCAUGAGGUCCAUGAUACUUCACAGGUCAAACCUGAAAGGACUGUAUAAGGGAGACGUUUACAGCAUUUAUAACAGUCAGAAGACCAUCCGUCCAUCUAAACCUGGUAUUGUCUGUUGGAUGGGCUUGACAGGAUACCAGGCUGCGAUCGUCAGCCUCGGUAUGGUGAUUCAGACUGUCGUGUUUUUCAUCUGCUUCUUGUUCCUGGUGUUUUUGAUCAUUAUCCCCGUUUUUUACGGUCGUAAUAUCAUGGUCUUCGAAAUUGCGGGAAAGUCAUGGCCGGGCUGGGUCACAGUGAUUCUGGUUACAGUGCUUCAACAUGUGACUGCUAAAUUCGCUUUCAUAAAAACAGAGGCUGGUACGAGAGACUUGAACAACAGAGAGAGUCUGUUCCUCCUGACUUAUCUGCUGUUCCUGAUCAACACUGUGGUGGGACUGAUAGCCGCAAUAUGGAGAAUGGUGAUAACAGCUUUGUACAACAUUAUCCAUCUUGGUCGUAUUGACAUCAGUCUGCUGCACCGCACCGCAGAGUCCUAUGACCCAGCCUACCGAUACUACGCCCACUUCCUGAAGGUUGAGGUCAGCCAGUCACACCCGGUGAUGAAAGCUUUCUGUGGGCUGCUGCUGGACAUGAUGGUCGAGGGCGGCAGAGCUGGACAGAAAAUAAGAGACGCAGAGGAAGGGAUUCAGGAAAAUACGCCGAACAAGGCUACCAGCCGUCGGAGGAUUCACUCUCGCUGGCAACUGCUGUACACGCUGGUCAACAACCCAUCCCUGCUGGGCUCCAGGAAGCACUUCCAGACACUGCAGACCUCGGAAGGCAUCCUGAACGGGACCCCUAACCGCAGCUCCAAGAAAGGCAGCGAGAAUGAAGCAGGCAAGCCUGAGGCCGAGCCAGUCCAGUCCACUAAAACCCCGACGAACCAAGAUAAAACUGAUCUCUAAUCUAUGUUGUGUGGUUGGCAGUACACUCCAAGCUAAAUCUUAUCAGCAAGUAUGCCGCUAAAUAUAGUUAUACUUGAACUUGUAUAAAAAAACAUGGCCUGCAAUAAAUUCUUUACAUCUAA